GCCCGCGCCCGCGCCGCCCGCGCCCGACAACAACAACUUGGAGAGCCCCAACUGGCAGUCCUUCCACCCGACCCUGCGCGAGAGGAACGCGCUGAUGUUCAACAACGAGCUUAUGGCCGACGUGCACUUCAUCGUGGGGCCCCCGGGAGCGGCCCGCAGGGUGCCUGCCCACAAGUAUGUCCUGGCCGUCGGGAGCUCUGUCUUCUAUGCCAUGUUUUACGGCGACUUGGCAGAAGUCAAGUCGGAAAUCCACAUCCCCGACGUGGAGCCCGCAGCUUUUCUCAUCUUGUUGAAGUACAUGUACAGUGACGAGAUUGAUCUGGAAGCCGACACGGUGCUGGCCACCCUCUAUGCUGCCAAGAAGUACAUCGUCCCUGCUCUAGCCAAAGCCUGUGUCAAUUUCCUGGAGACGAGUCUGGAAGCCAAAAAUGCCUGCGUCCUGCUGUCCCAGAGUCGGCUGUUUGAGGAGCCGGAGCUGACCCAGCGCUGCUGGGAGGUCAUUGAUGCUCAGGCUGAGAUGGCUCUGAGGUCCGAGGGCUUCUGUGAAAUCGACUGGCAGACACUGGAAAUCAUCGUGACGCGGGAGGCCCUCAACGCCAAGGAGGCAGUGGUCUUCGAGGCCGUCCUGAAUUGGGCCGAGGCAGAGUGCAAGAGACAGGGCUUGCCAGUCACCCCGCGCAACAAGAGGCACGUUUUGGGACCUGCCCUCUACCUGGUCCGAAUUCCCACUAUGACCCUGGAGGAGUUUGCCAACGGUGCUGCCCAGUCGGACAUCCUGACCCUGGAGGAGACCCACAACAUCUUCCUUUGGUACACGGCGGCCAACAAGCCCCUCCUCAGCUUCCCCUUGACCAAGAGGAAGGGCCUGGCCCCGCAGCGCUGCCAUCGCUUCCAGUCUUCCGCCUACCGCAGCAACCAGUGGCGCUACCGCGGGCGCUGUGACAGCAUCCAGUUUGCCGUGGACAGGAGGGUGUUUGUCGCAGGGCUGGGCCUGUACGGGUCCAGCUCCGGGAAAGCCGAGUACAGUGUGAAGAUUGAACUGAAGCGGCUGGGGGUGGUCCUGGCUCAGAACCUGACCAAGUUUGUGUCGGACGGCUCCAGCAACACCUUCUCAGUGUGGUUUGAACACCCUGUGCAGGUCGAGCAGGACACCUUCUACACGGCCAGCGCUGUCCUGGACGGCAGCGAGCUCAGCUACUUCGGGCAGGAAGGCAUGACGGAAGUACAGUGUGGGAAGGUGACCUUCCAGUUCCAGUGCUCCUCAGACAGCACCAACGGGACCGGGGUCCAGGGUGGGCAGAUCCCCGAGCUCAUCUUCUAUGCCUGAGGUGCCGUGGGGUGGCGUGGAUGCGCUACGACGGGCAUGAGGAGGAGGCCUUUCUCUGCAGCCGGCCCCGCCGGGAAGGGACGUGCAGGAGACUGUGCGACCCCUUUAUCCCUCUGCCGGCUGCCUUGCUGAGACCAUUAAAGGCUUCGCUUACUUUGUA